ACGAAAAAAUAAAGAGCGAGCUAGCUCAAGGGGCCCUCGCGAGCCCCUCAUUUCACAGGUGAGGAAACAGAAAGGCAGGGAGGCCGGGGAGUUCACACAGCUCCCCGGACUGCUGGGUCAGUGGCCUCCCCGCUCCAGGCCGCUCAGCUCUUGAAAUAACUCAUCUGGGUCUCCCCUUCUGCGGGACAGAGCAUGUCUUCCCAGAAACCUAACCCCUUAUUCCCACUCCCCACACCAUCUGGACCCAAGCAUGUUCUCUGGAGAGCUGCCCAAGCCAUUCACCCACCGUAGCCCCAGAAGGUAUCUGCUCCCACUUGAGACCCUGUCCCAGUCAGACUUGGACACACAGGGGCAGACACAACCCUCACACUCUGCUUAGGGGGCUUUCCUUUUAUGGCCCUUCAUGGUGCAGGGUCCUGGGUAAAAGGCAAGACGCUUCCCCACCCACAGAAGCCUGAAGCAAGCUUCCCUCCAGUGGCUGGUGCCGCCCCAUGAUCCCACUCCACAUCCCCGAGACUUCCCCAUGACCCCGGCCCGUGAACGGCCCUGCUGUGAGUUAGGCUGUUUGUGACUGGAGUCCAGAGUCCCAUUUGAGUUAGCCUGUCUGCCAUUUUGCACAAUUUGGAAGACUCCCGUUUGUAAAUUCCUGCACUAAGAUGCAGUCCCAGCCUACCUGGUCUGCCAAGGUCCUGCAGGGUGAGAAUGAGAACGACGGGGCAGCAGUGGGUUCCCUGCCCGGCCCUUGCAAUUCUGCAGUGUGAGCCGGCUGCCGACAGGCGUCCCCGAGAGGCACGCAGGGGAGUCUGUAUCCCCACUAACACCUACUGCGUGGCGGUCAGUACCUUAGGCGACAGCAAUGCGAGGGAAAGCUUAUCCUGUGCCAGACACUGUGUGCAUUACCUCCUCUGGGCUUUACAACCCAGAUAAUAUGAUAUAAUCCAAUGAGAUAAGCCUUAUUUUACCAGUGGGGAAACUGAGGCUGGACACAGUGAAGCAUCCUGCCUAAGACCACACUUCUGGUAAGAGGGAGGGUUGGACUUGAGCCUGACUGUCUGAUCGAACAUUAGCCCUUAGCAUCCCCGUGACCCCCAAGGGCUGUUAUUACCCACAUCUUACAGAUUCCACCAUCCGUGAUGGUAAAAAAUCUCGGCUUGUCAGCCUUCAAAUUCUGAGCUUUCCGCACCAUUCCUGCUUGCUCUAUCACAUUCGUAAGGUAAAUUUACACACAACAAAAUAGAGUGUACAAUGUACAGUUCGAUGUGUUGACAGCUGCUUUCAGUCAUGUAACCACCAGCACAAGACACAGAUCACCAUCAAGAAAUAGAACAUUUCCAUCCCCUCUGAAGUUCCCUUGUGCCCUUUGAGAUCAGUCCCCUGUCCUGACCCCCAGUCCUGGGUAAUCACGAUCUGCCCUUGGUCAUUAUAGCCUUGCCUUUUCAAAAUACUUCGUAGAUGGAAUCACAUGGUAGUGUUUUGUGUCUGACUUUUUUCCCUCGGCAUACAGCUUUCGAGAUCCGUCCCUCUUGUGCGUAUCCCUGGUUCUGUGCCACAGCACACAAUAUGUUUGUUUACCCACUCACCAGGUGAUGGGCAUUCGGGCGGUUUCUAGAUCUGGGCCAUUCAGAAUUAAACUGCUCUAAGUAUUUGCGUACGAGUUUCCAUGUGGACAUAUGCUUACCUAAGCACGGGAUUGUUGGCUUGUCCAGUAGGCGCACGUUUAACUCCAUGAGAGCUGCCAAAAAUUCUUCUAAGUGGCUCUCCCGUCUAGCGUCGUCAUCAGCGGUACGGGCGCUCCGGUUGCUCUGUGGCCUUCCCAACAUUCGGUGUCGUCUGUGGUUGCGUCUUAGCCAUCCUGCGGGCAUGUGGUGUGCCUCUUUGCAGUUCUAAUUUGCAUUUACUUAAUCACCACUGUGCUUAUGAGCCAUUCAUGUAUCUUUUCUGGUGAAGUGUCUGUUCAAAUCCUUUGCCCAUUGUUUUACUGGGUUGUCUGUUAUUACCGAAUUUGAUGGCUAAUAUUUCAUCCCAAAACGUGAAUUCCCAAAUGCUUUUCUGCUGGAGGCAGGAUGGUACUGUGGUUAGGAACACAGGCUUUCGAGUAAGGUCUGCAUCUGGAUGCUGACCCUGCUGUUCUCAUCAGCAAAUCAGGGGUGAUCACGAAGCCCAGGUCCCAGGGAUGUCAUGAGAAUUGAAAGCGAUGAUCUUAACAUAGAACCUGGCAUAAUAAACAUUCAGAAAUGAGCUGCUCUAUUUCAGUCGAGAAAAUACGUGGUAAAGGUUACUAUUACAAUUAAAAACCAGUUUCUAAAGAGAAACACGUGAGCAGUGGCAGUAGGUGUGGCUAGAUCAGUCGGAGUGUCGACAGCGCCGGGCUCCACAGGGACCCAAGCAGCAACCCCCACCACCGCCAAGGCCACUGCACACAGCUGUGGACUCAGGAGGCACUGCCAUCCUGGAGUGCUCUCAGGUGGCACCUGGAGGGGACCCUCCCACUGUGAAGCAGCUCCAGACCCGAAGGGAGCAGCCAGAGCCAAGGGCAGAAAGAGAGCUGGGGCCAUUGACCAGCCUCUGCGGGCCGAAGGCCAGACUCCCUACCCUUCCCAGUCUCCCUGUUUCAGGCCAAGGAGGCCCACACUUCUGCUCAAUAAAACCCAAUAGACCUUUCAAGUGAAGCUACUACACUCAGCGAGGCAGUUUUCUCUUCUCUUCUUUGAAGGUUGUGGCAAGAGGAGAUACGGGUGAUCAUUAAGUAAUUUCAGGACCCCUUGUGGCCCCAUCCCAGCUAAUUUGGCUCCUAGGGCAGGUAGAGCCCAGCCCAUGCCUGGCACGUCUCCGAGGCACCUGAGACUGGGGACUUCUGCUUAGAACGGCCCGGGUGCAAAGGCGUGGGGACAGCUGCGGAGCCCAGGCCAGGGCUGAGGGGUUCAGAUCCACUGGGGCAGACACUUCUAUUUCCACAGGGGCUUCAUGCCUCCCUUUGUCUCCGUUUGCUCCUGGAUGAAAUGUGUCUGAAAAUAUCAACAGACGACACAGAGAUUUGACCACUCUAGGUACAGAAAUAGACACAUCUUAAGAAUGUUUUAGGUGUGUCAUGUUUUCGGAUAAAUUGGGUGGUUAAAAGUGGAGACAACAGAUACCCAGGGAUGGGAACCUGACAUUGUGACCUAUUGCCUAGGUCCAAGUGGAGACCGAGAGCUCAGACGGCUAAGUAUCCGACCCGGCACGAAGAUCUCCUUCUCUGCCCUCUGGUUCCUAUUCCAGUGACCUGGGAUGAGUCCAUGAGCCUUAAUGAAAAUAUUCAAGGAGGGGACGCCCAAAGCCAACCCUGGCUGACACUUUGUUUCCAUUUUCACUUCAAAGUCCUGAUCUAAAUUUAUCAAGCUUUCACUGUGUCAGCCUAGGGGUGCUGGCGCACCCUCAUUUCUCCAUUCCCUCAUUUACUGGCAUUCCCUGAGCGCUUGCUACAGGCCAGGCAUCGGGCUGAGGUGGGGACGUGAAUAAUACAAGGUGCCUGUGCUCAGAGACUGCGGCGAAGCAGACAGCCGUGCACAGCUGUGGGCGUCGCAUCAGCUCUCUGAGCUCCAAGCUCCUUUCACUUCCUCAAACACCUGUUCUGGCGUCUCCGCCUUCGUGUCAGCUCUCCUGGAAUGCCCUUGGACACCCCUCGCCUCCCUUCCACACACACCUGGCUGGCCUCCUUUCCCUCCAGCAUCUUCUGCCCCGAGGAACAACCAGCCGGGGGUAAAAGGAAGGAUGGUUGUUGAAUGCACGGCCCCUCACGACCUUCCCCGAGGCUAGGACCGGCGUCCUCGGGUUCGCCCUGCGCAGGGCCCGGGGCACAAGAGGAAUGGAUGGGUGGAUGAAUGAAGGAGACCUACAUGUGGUAGAACGACAGGAGGGAGCAGAGGGUCCAGCACCGCGCCCUGCCCGCAGUGACCCAAGCCACAGAGCAUCGGAAGGGCCCCCUGGGGAGAGACCGGCAGAGGCCAGGGCCAACGUGGAUGACUCGGCGCCCCCCUCCGUGGCCCAGCUGGCUGGGCGGUUCAGGGAGCAGGCAGCCGCUGCAAAGGAGACACCAGCCUGUAAACCAACGAGAAGGAAACCACCCUGCUCCCUUCCCCUGUUCCCCCCCAAGGUAGAGCUGGGCCAGAACGGUGAGGAGAAAUCACCGCCCAGUGCAAGCCAUCCUCCUAAGAUCAAGGUGAAGAGCUCGCCUCUGAUUGAGAAGCUUCAGGCCAAUUUAGCUUUCGAUCCGGCGGCCCUGCUGCCUGGGGCCUCGCCCAAGAGUCCUGGACUUAAGGCCGUGGUGUCACCGUUCCAGAGCCCACCCUCCACUCCCAGCAGCCCUGGCGUGCGGUCUCAGGCCGGGGAGCCCGAGGACGUGCCCGUGAGCUUUGACCAGCCUCCUGAAGGGAGCCGUCUGCCCUGUUACAACAAGGUGCGGACGAAGGGCUCCAUAAAAAGGCGUCCUCCCUCCAGGCGAUUCCGGAGGUCCCAGUCAGACUGUGGGGACCUGGCAGACCUCAGGGCCCCCGAGUCAUCCCAGGAGAAUGGUGCCAAGGAAGAGAAUGGGGAUGAGGUGUUCCCAUCCCACAGCGGGGCCCUGGGUUCUCCUCCUCCCGGCGAGGGGCCAGUGGGGGCCCAGGAGAAGCCUCCUCUGAGGAGGACGUCCAGCCGAGCGGAGAGGCAGGAGAAGGGCCAGGCCGUGGAUGAAGCACAGCAGCCCCAGAAGGCUGUGGGGGGCUCUGAAGAGGAGGCCAGCCCACGCCCAGCCACAGGGGAGGCUGUCCAGCCAGCCCAAGCUUCCAACCCGGAGGCCGAGAAUGGUCGCAGGAGCCCCACAGAAGGAAAAGAAGAGACAGAAAAGAGGGAGGCAAAGGAGGAGACGGCAGCAAAGGAAGACGAUGAGCCCAGACAAAGGAGCCAAGACACAGCGGGGUCGGCAGAGAGAGCUGUGGGGGAGGCCCCAGCAGGCCCCCCUGAAGGGGCGGAGGUUCCCCACAUCCCGGAGCAGGGCAAAGGCAAGGAAAGGGACGAGGAAGGGGCCGUUCUGGAGCCAGGCUGCCGCCCCAGCGAGGAGGCCCCCGAGGCAGAGGAGAACACCCCUGUCCAGGACACUAAGAUGUGAGGAGGUCACUGUGCCUCGUGAUGAGGCUGCCGGAGACGCCUCUUUCAAAGGAGCAACAAGAGUAGCAGCCAAUGAAGCCGUCGCUGACGCAGAGCUCGUGGAGGGUCUGGAGCGGCCCGAGACAGAGACCUCACUGUUUCUCGGUCUCCACGCUGACACUCGCUUGCAGGCAGAGAUCAGUCAAAGGCCGGCAGCCUUGCAUCACCUUGAGUUCGUGUCACUGGAUGGACUUGGUUUAAGAAAAAAAAACAAAAACCUACUUAGAACAGUUUACUGUGGGGACAGCUCCCAGGGAUCCUCGCCAACCUGUGGGGCCUGGCUCCCAGCCGCACCCACCUGUCCCUGCGGCUGAUCUCAGAACUGGAUUCUGACUUAGCUUCUCAGAUUUUGUUUUGUGCAAAGCAAUAGCCUUUUUAACGCUCUGAACUUUUUAUGAUUCUCAGAUGUGAGUAAAAACUGAUUUCAGGUGGGUGGAAACAAAAGGAAAGAGUGUUGCUGAAAUAUAAAUCCCGUUAGUUACAGAAGACCUCAGUUACGGAAAAGCUUAACUUGUGGAGACCCCGAGACAACCUCUCAGCUUUGUCCACAUGUGAACCGGCCAAGCAAUUUUUAAAACAUUGGCCUGGAAGAGGUACUUACUGCUCCAUUUAAAAAUAUGUAUUAGGAACCUCUGCUGUCCGGGAGUUUUCCAGUCUGUGGUACCCGGGGAGGUGACAGGCUCAGCCCAUGCUCUUCCCAGGGGAGGAGGAGGUGGAGACGGGCAGAUCCAGAGAAGCAAAUGUGAGGUGUCACGGUUCUGCACGCGCUGCCUUUCCUCAUCCUGAGAGCAGAGCGGGGAGACCUUAACAACGGCCGCCCUGACGCAUCUGGGGGAGGAAAUGUGCUGUUCUGCACGACGUCCUUGAGCCUGGAGUAGGUGCUUCCUGGGAGGUGCUGGCGCGUCUGUUUUGAAAGGUACAGGACGAAGACACCUUCCUAGCUUCCCGAAAGCUGCUCUUGAAUCAAAGCCCAGGCCUCCUUUCCAGAUGGGAUUGGGGGGCCUGGGUUUUCAGCCUCUUCUCAAUGGGUUGCUCUGGCUUUAAUGUUCGGUGUGGAGAGUGCAAGGGGCUUUGCAAGGAGCAGAGGCCAUUUCCUCUCCCCUCCUGAUGCAAAGCUGUUUAUCCAAAUACACGGUUAAUCUUUGGGGUUGGUUCUCAUCCAGGGUGGAGGGUUUCAGCGUCUUGCUGCGCUGAUGCGGUAGACGGAGCAGCUGUUUCUCUGAAGGUCUGUCCGACAGCCUCCUACCCUGACUUCAGAAAACCGUGUCCCAGACAAAAAGCCUCUGUCCCUGCCGGUACCUCAGCAUUCUCAGUACAGUUUUACAGUACAGUACAGGCUCCCAGGACCGUUUUCCUAACUCCGGAUAGUGUUCAUACUUGGGAUAUAUAUUUUUUCAAAGUUUUUUUUUUUUCAAAAGUUUUUUCAAAACUUUUAAAAUACAAGCAUUUUCUAGACCUUGUAACUUAGUUAAGCCCGAAAUUUUAAGUUUUAUGUUUUAACAGGAUUUUGGAGCUAGGUGUGUCUGUUAUUUUGAGGUCUACAUAAUCCAUAGCUAUCCCUCCCUCCCCCAUCCACCCAUCCAUCCAUCUGUACCUGUCCCUCUCCUAUCUGCCCAUCCAUCUAUAUCAACAGAGAUGUGUUACCCCCUAAACAAUACAUGAUUUUAUUUACAUA